AUGGCAGCUUCAAAGGUCCAAGCUUUCUGGAACCACCCAGCAGGCCCUAAAACCAUUCACUUUUGGGCUCCAACUUUUAAAUGGGGCAUUAGCAUAGCAAAUAUUGCUGAUUUCUCAAAGCCACCUGAAAAUAUCUCUUAUCCUCAGCAAAUAGCUGUUACGUGCACUGGGCUUAUUUGGUCUCGUUACAGUAUGGUGAUUACUCCGAAAAACUGGAAUCUUUUUAGUGUUAAUGUUGCAAUGGCUGGGACAGGCUUGACUCAAUUGUCACGCAAAAUAACGCAUGACUACUUUUCCAACACAGACGCAGCUGUACAAAAAGAAUGA